CCGCCCGGCACGAAGAUGGCGGCGGGCGCUGUGGAGCUGCGGCGGCUGCAGUGGCGGCUGGAGGAGCUGGAGCAGCGCGUCGGCCUCGGCGGCGGGGGGCCUCUGCAGGUGGCGGACGAACUGGUGAAGGUGCAGGUGGCGCUGAACAAUAUCGCCGGCAAGAGGGAGAGGAUCAAAAUCCUGUUUAAGAAAAUUGAAGAUGUAAUCAAAUACCUUGACCCCCAGUACAUUGACAGGAUGGCUGUUCCAGAUGCUAUGAAGCUGCAGUUCAUCUUGGCAGAGGAACAGGCUAUUCCUGCCCGUGCAGCCCUUCUGGAGCAGGUGAAGACCCUCCAGCCCAUCUUGGACAGCACCAGUAUCCAAGCGGUUCCUGACCAUGCAGCCAAACUGCAGCGACUCUCACAGAUCCACAUACAGCAGCAGGAGAAACGUCAUGAUCUCACUGACAGUGUCAAGACACUCCUUGAGGAUUAUAACAAAAUGACCCUGCUUCUGUCCAAGCAGUUUGUGCAGUGGAAUGAAGUCCUGUCACGUCUGGAAGCAGCCAAGCAAGCGAAACCUGUGGCAGAGUGAUGGCAGAGCUGGGAGCACAGCAUGUCCAGGGCCCCUGUGGUACAGCUUGCAUCCCACUGGUCCCAGCUCCUUCCCGCUUGGGGUGAACAUGCUGGAGUGAAAUGGCAGGAUCUUGGGGACACUUUACAGAGCCAUGCCAGCCCUCAGUCAAAGCUACACUGCUCCUUAAUCUGCCACUCUUUGGAAAUCUUGCACUUCUCUAAAAUGCAUUUAUUGUAUUUUAAAACCCCUUUCUGUGCUCUCUGUGGGUCAUAGUAAAGUGUGAAAUGCU